UUUAGUAAGACGUUCCUGGCUCGCCCAUCGUAGGAUCGAUGAGCGAAACUCUGGUCUGGAGUUUCAGUUUGAGAGUUAAGACUUAAGAGGCGGAGAAGGACCUCCGCUUUCUUAUCCAUUGGUUACCAUCAUCUCCCUCUGCUGAAGAAGAGCGUAAAAUUCAACGCUACAACAGACAUGGCAACCGUCUCAGACUACGGAGCUUUCAUGGAGAAAUUCAUUCUUCUACCAAGUUCUUCAUCCCAUGAUCUUCCGUUAAGUUCUCUUACUUUUGCGGUCAAAGAACUGUUUGAUGUGGAGGGUUAUGUGACUGGAUUUGGGAAUCCUGACUGGGCGAGAACUCAUUCGGUGGCGACAUCCACUGCUCCGGCUAUAUUAGCUCUCCUAAAUGCAGGUGCCACUUGUGUCGGAGAAACUGUCAUGGACGAAAUGGCUUACAGUAUAAACGGAGAGAAUAUACACUAUGGGACACCUAGGAAUCCGUGUGCGGCGGAUAGGGUGCCUGGGGGUUCUUCUAGCGGCUCUGCUGUUGCAGUCGGGGCAAAACUUGUAGAUUUCUCCCUAGGAACCGACACCGGAGGAAGUGUAAGAGUGCCUGCUUCGUAUUGUGGGAUUUUUGGGUUUCGUCCUUCUCAUGGAACUGUUUCAACAUCAGGAGUUAUUCCCAUGGCACAAAGUUUUGACACUGUGGGAUGGUUUGCUAGGGAUCCUGUGAUUUUGAGCAGAGUCGGACGUGUGCUUCUGCAAUGGCCUGAAGUCGCACCUGUCAGACCCACUCGCAUUAUUAUCGCAGACGAUUGUUUUCAGCUGUCAAGCACUCCACACAAUCUAGUUAUGCAAAUUCUCAUCAAAGUGGUUGAGAAGUUAUAUGGAGGUCAUGUAUUGAAGCAUGAAGUCUUGGGCGACUAUGUAAAGGUCAGGGUACCAACUCUAAGGCACUUCAUGAGUAAUAGUCAAUCAGAUCAAGUUUAUAACAUUCCAUCUCUGGCAGCUCUUUCAAGUGCCAUGCGAUUACUUCAGAGGUACGAAUUCAAGAAUAACCAUGGCGAAUGGGUUAGCACAGUGAAACCUGACUUGGGUCCAGGAAUAUCAGAACGUGUAUCAGAAGCCCUGAGGACAACGGGGGAAAAUAUUGAUCUCUGUCGGUCAGUAAAAGAGGAACUGCGUGGUGCUCUUUCUGCUCUUCUUGGGGAUUUCGGUGUGCUUGUAUUUCCUACGGUUCCAGGGCCACCGCCAAAACUGAAAACAAAUACGCCUGAUCUGGAAAUUUUUCGCGCAAACGCUUUUGCCCUGUUAUCCAUUGCUGGAGUAUCCGGAUUUUGCCAGGUUAACAUACCUCUGGGGAUACAUGACGACCUUCCCGUAUCGGUUUCUCUAGUGGCUACGCACGGUGCUGAUGGGUUCUUGCUCAAUCUUGUUGAGUGUCUUUAUGACCUCCUUAAGCAAGAGAUAACACCAUCUUCCCAAUGAAAGGCUUGUUUUGAUAGGUCGCAUAUAUAACAUCUCAUGGAAUCGGCAACUUUAUGAAAAUCAUCCCGAUCUAUUGUUGCAUAUUGCAAAUAGUUUCCAGGAGAAUCCGCCUUCCAGCCAAACAUUAGGGGGGAAAAACUAUACGUGUGUUUAAUGGUGAAAUACAACUAACUCCCUUAUUUAUUAGUAUGCAUUUAUCUUUUUGAAUACGGAUGUCUAAUAUUUAUUCGAUUGUUCCAUGCCAAUGGGUAUUUAUAUGGAUAAGGUGUCUACCCAGCAUUUAAUAUUGGGUUAAUAUGUAAUUUUAAUUUUGAACUAUAAGACAAGAAGUGAUUUAAAUUUUA